AUGACUGACAAAAGAGAUAGCGAUAUUCCGUCCGCAAAAGGUAUCCCUCAGCAUCCACUCGGGACGGCCGCUGAACGAGCACGGCGCAAUCUAAAUGCCAAACUCUCCAAUCCGCUGGCCGGAUUCAGUCAUGUCGAACUACGAAAACAAGGCCGCAAUUUUGCAAUCACUCAUGAGAUGGGCGAUGAAACCGAUAUUCGUGCCUUUAAGCUCGGGGCCGUGCUGGCACAGUCACCGGAACGAUAUGCCACGGUCGACGGAUUGACGCCUCCAGAGAAAGAAGUGCUGCGACGAGAGAUUGCUCAUCGCUGGGACCAGCCGUGGAAGAUGUACGCCGUGAUUGCGCUUUGCUCUUUAUCGGCUGCAGUCCAAGGAAUGGACGAAACGGUUGUCAACGGCGCCCAGAUCUUCUACAAACAUCAAUUUGGCAUCGGCGACGAAUCCUCCAGAAGCACCUGGUUAGUCGGCCUCGUAAAUUCAGCCCCCUAUCUCUGCUGCGCCUUCAUCAGCUGCUGGCUCACAGUCCCAUUCAACGCAUGGUUCGGACGUCGCGGGACGAUAUUCAUCACCUGCUGCUUCAGCGCAAUAGCCUGCCUCUGGCAAGGCUUCGUAUCAACAUGGUGGGCAAUGUUCAUAGCACGAUUCAUGCUCGGAUUCGGCAUCGGGCCCAAAUCCGCCACGGUGCCCAUGUACGCCGCGGAAACGGCACCACCGUCAAUUCGCGGCGCGCUGGUCAUGCAAUGGCAGAUGUGGACGGCAUUUGGAAUCAUGGUUGGCUAUGCCGCAGAUCUGAUCUUCUACAACGUCGACUCGUCCGCGAUCGUCGGCCUGAACUGGCGUUGUAUGAUGGCAUCAGCCAUGUUCCCGGCUCUCGUCGUCUGCUGCUUUGUUUUCGCCUGUCCCGAGUCUCCGCGGUGGUAUAUGAGCCAGAAACAGUAUUACCGGGCUUACCAGUCGAUAUGCACGCUGCGACAUCAUAAGAUCCAAGCAGCGAGGGAUCUGUACUAUAUGCACACGCUGCUAGAAGCGGAGAGUAGCAUGAAGCUGGGACAGAACAAACUGCUAGAACUAAUCAAGGUGCCGCGCAAUCGUCGAGCGAUGGUAGCUUCGCAGAUCGUCAUGUUAAUGCAGCAGUUCUGCGGCGUCAACAUAAUCGCAUACUACUCCUCCGAAAUCUUCCUCGAAGCAAGCCUAACACCAAUAGCAGCCCUCGCCGCUUCCCUAGGAUGGGGCGUAAUAAACUGGCUCUUCGCCAUCCCAGCAAUCUACACAAUCGACAGCUUCGGCCGACGCAACCUCCUCCUAACAACUUUCCCCCUAAUGGCCCUAGCGAUGUUCUUCACAGGCUUCAGCUUCUGGAUCCCAGAAAGCAACCACAACGCGCGGAUCGGAUGCGUAGGACUAGGCACGUACAUCUUCGGUGUGGUCUACUCGCCAGGCGAAGGCCCCGUGCCAUUCACCUACUCAGCAGAGGCAUACCCGCUGUACGUGCGGUCGUACGGAAUGGCACUGGCGACAGCGACGACGUGGUUCUUCAAUUUCGUGCUGGGGGUUACGUGGCCGUCUAUGCGGGCGGCGUUCACGACGCAGGGCGCUUUUGCGUGGUAUGCGGGGUGGUGUUUGGUUGGGUGGGUUUUGGUGUUGUUGUUUAUGCCGGAGACGAAGGGGAAGACGCUGGAAGAGUUGGAUCAGGUUUUUUCGGUGCCGACGAGGUUUCAUGCUGGGUAUGGGUUGAGGCAGGUUAGGUGGUUCUUUUGGAGGUUUUUGUUGUGGAGGGAUGUUCAGCCUGAGGUUCUUUAUGAGAAGGAGGAUGAGGGGGGGAUGUUGGAUGUUGGGUUUAAUGCUUGA